AUGAUUGAUUAUGAUUCCCUUCGCUUAUGUUUUUUUCUGGGUCUGUGGGUUUCAUAUACGAUGAGGGAAGAAUUUUGUUCGUCCAAAGCAGGUGAAUCGUGCGUAGGCGAUGACGAUGAAGAGCGGCGACAGUUUUGUGGGUGUGAAUCUGUUGUGGGCGGAUGUUUUUUCUACCGAUCCCGUUUGAAUCGUACCCAUAGAACCAUAGAGAUUCUGGGUUAUAGGUUCAAGUCAAGGAGGAAGAUUGGUGGAGGGAUAACAUAG